AUGACAGAUGGAUCACCAAAAUUAAGUCAGAGGACCAAUGAAAGAGUUGGCAAAGAAGUAUCUAAAAGUGUGCAUAAUAGUCGGAAGGAUAAUCCUGUUACAAAAACAGUGAAGGACAAAUGCCAGAGUGCGUCAGAAUUCUUGAGAAAAGAACUGUUGCAACUUAAGGUGUAUGACAAAACCAAUCCUGAGGGAGGACAACUUAAUGAUACUGUUUUGCGGAUGUAUUUCUUUGGGCAGUCGUUUAAUAUCCCUCCACUUCAUAUGCCUAUUCAAAGGCGGUUGCAGACUCUGAUAGUUGCUUGGCAUACGGGGUGUUUUCUAUACUUCUUGGUGUUUUCGUUGUUUAUUCUAGCGAAUCCGUUUUUGUGGUGGUUGAUGGUACCCUAUUUUAUAUACUUUGCUUUGGAUAGGACACCUGCUAAUGGAAAUGUGGUUAAGAGGUAUUCUCAUUGGUUCAGGUCGUUGCCUCUUUGGAGAUUCUACUGUCAGUAUUAUCCGAUUAAGCUUUAUAAGACGGUUGAUUUGGAGCCUACGUUCACGGAGGCAUCAUCUAAUGGGAAGGCGGAGCAUGGGGAGUUGUUGAGGUUCAGGAUCUGGCCGACCAAGGUUACUAUUACGAUCAGGCGCAAGCAAAAUCGUAAUAAAGGAAUGGUGGCUAGUGGGCCGCGUUAUAUCUUUGGGUACCAUCCACACGGUGUUGUUGCACUAGGGGCGUUUGGUUCAAUGGCCACGGAAGGCUGUGGCUGGUCCAAAGUCUUCCCAGGUAUUCCGGUUUGCGUCUGUACAUUGGUGAAUCAGUUCCAGAUUCCUAUAUACAGGGAUUAUUUGCUAGCUUUUGGCUGCACAUCUGUAUCCAGAAGAAACGUUUUGAAGGUCCUAGACCAAAACUACUCUGUUGGGAUUGUUAUAGGAGGCGCACGGGAAGCCUUGUUGAGUAAGGUGGGAUCUACGGAAUUGAUAUUAGAAAAGCGUAAAGGGUUUGUAAAGCUGGCCUUGGAAACUGGAAACGUAAAUUUGGUUCCGAUAUACGCCUUCGGUGAAACAGAUUGCUACAAUAUUCUAGAUACAGGGAAGGAAACAUAUUUACGCAAGUUCCAACUGUGGGUUAAGGAGACUUACGGUUUCACUAUCCCUUUCUUUUUUGCUCGUGGGAUGUUUAAUUAUGAUUUUGGUUUCAUUCCUUUCAGGAAUCCGAUAAAUGUUGUGGUUGGGAGGCCAAUAUAUAUCGAAAAGAAAAGAGCCAAUCCAACUAUGGAAGAGAUCGAUCAUUAUCACAAGUUGUAUAUUUCUGAAAUACAAAAGGUUUUUAACGAAAACAAGCAGCGGUUUGGCUUUGAUGAUAAAACCCUACGGUGCGUAGAGUGA